AAGGAAGGGGGGCGAGGGUCUCUGCGGUUGCACGUGCGUGUUGCCCUCCCGCCACCCCCCAAGUACGGAACUGAGCAAGACGGCUUAUGACACUUACAGCAUUACCUACAGGAAACUCGUGAAUAUGCAGGUGGAAAAUAUGAAAGACCUCACGCAGUACAAAGGCGAGGUGGGCGCAGUAGGCGACGUGGUCCUCCAGCAGCUGACCUUCUUCUCCCGCAUCGAGGAGUGGCACAGGACCUUGGUCACGUGGCUCGUCCUGACGAGGGUGAAGCCGCUCGACCCCGGCCUCCUCCUGCCGCUGCUCACGGCCGUUAAGGACAACCUCGUCGCCAGGAACUAUGUGACGACGCAGCGACGGGAAAUCUGCACAACCCUGUCUUCGUGGGUCCGACACGUGUUAACUAAGGAGUUCGAGAUGCUGCAUACUUCCUUCCCCAGCACCUCUCUGCUCGUUGAACUUCCCAGGCUGGAAAGCUACCUCAGAUGUUUCCGCACAGUCGAGAACUGUUAUGAACUUCGCAAGCCUUUCGAACACGAGUUGUCAACCCAGGGUCUGCCAACUUGCGUCACCGACUUGCUUUUGGCCGCACUCAGCAAGCACGUCGACACCUGGAUCGACGCCCUAUACAAGGAAGAGCUGAAGAGUCCUCCCAGCGCCGCGGACUCCAGGGAAGUCGUGAUAGAGGUUCCUACAGAGUGGCAAGUGUGGCAGGAGUCCUUCAGGAGAGCGGGACUCCUCACCAACCCUAUCCUCAGUUUCUUGGCCAUCUCGCUGCACACGUAUCAGCCCAUUCUGAUGAUCGAGAUGGGGGUCGACUACCUGUACCUGGUGAUGCCGAAGCUCCUGACGGCGGCGCAGAUGCUGGUCAAGCCCCUCCUGAACUUCGACGCUGACCAGGGCCUCCCGCUACAGAAGGAGGAGGUCUUGCCCGGCGCCCUCAAAGCUGCGUGGAUGCUGUGCGAUAAUCUGAGCGAGAUUAACAAGCUGACCAUCAAGAGCGACCUGCCGCAGCACCUGAUCCCGCAGGAGUACCGCCACAGCUUCUCGAGCGGCCUCACCCACUGGCUGGCCCUGAGCAAGCACCUGGCCAUCGGGGAGCUGGACCGCGAGGUGGCCCUGGACGAGUUCGUGGCCCUAGAGGAUAUGGAGGGGUUUAGCCAGAGCGCCGUGGGCGUGGGGGACCUCCUGUGGGGGCGCUGAUGAAGCGCCUGUCGUCCGUGAGUUGGCCAGGAGGCGUCGGGCCAAGCGUGGAGGCCAUGGACACCAUCGCUGGCCAUUUGCUGGAGCUUGUGUUGCAGUACAAGGCCAAAGUGACCGACGCUUAUAACAUGCGAGGAGGCUGCACUGACAAGAUAUCUGUUGAGGUGUGUGUAGUGGUACGAAACGUCGAGCAUGUUUGUGACGAAACGAGGAAGCAUCUCCUGCAGCUGUCCAGUAUGUGCGUGGAUCCCGAGUGCGACAGAAAAGCCUGGAUUUGACGGAGAGGAGCAAGCAACUCCAGUCCUAUAUUGACGAUAGCGCUGAGGAAUUGUUGAAGACGUGCCUCCCUCACCUGGAGCAGAUCCUGGAGAAGAGCGUGACGCGAGGGGGCCCCGAGAUCGUGCAGAAGGGGCUGGAGGAGGCGCUGUUCCCCGUAGAAGACCGCCUUUACUUCGCCGAGCCGCUGCUGCACGAGCUGUGGGUCCGGCUGUUCCGCCACGCCAUGCUGCUCAAGGAGGUCAACGUCAAGGUGAGGAUAACGAGCCCUUUUUAGUUUU